GUAGCGUGGUAGCUGGAAGUAGACUGAUCAGCCACACAGCGGUAGUAGGAGAGACUAUUGGAUAGAGACCAAACUAUAUGUUUCAUGGACCCACAAUGUCCAGAUAAACCUGUCUGAGUGGACUCUGUGCUGUUCCCUUUAUUAAAAAAAAAAAAAACAUUUAAAUUAUCUUCUGGUGUCCGACGAAGCUUGUUAGCUAGUAGACAGACACGAACGUAACUUCGCAACCCAGCGCACUUCAGAGUGAGAAAACUGUUUUUUAACGGAUUGUGUCUGAAGGAAACGUUUCUGUCAUUGUGUGAAAAUGACUAAAGUCCAAAUGCUGAGAGCGUUGGUGGAGCAGCGACUAACUGCGGCUGCUGAAGAGAUAUUUGGGCUGUUUGAACGAACGAUAGCAGAGUACGAGGAGGAACUUGAGUUCAGUUCAAAAGAGAAUCACCGACAACAGAAACUACUGGACGCUGUUUUAAACCCUGAAGUCCGGUUACACAGAGCAGAUGUCCAGCAGCUGUCGGUGGUGAAAGCAGAGGUUCCCCCUGAGCAGCAGGAGUGGCGCUCCAGUCUGGACCAGGAGGACCCAGAGCCCCCACACAUUAAAGAGGAACAGGAGGAACUCUGGACCAGUCAGGAGGGAGAGCAGCUUCAAGGGCUGGAGGAGGCUGAUAUCAAGUUCCUGUUCACUUCUGUCCCUGUGAAGAGUGACGAAGAUGAUGAAGAGAAAGCUCAGUCCUCACAGCUUCAUGAAAGCCAAACUGAGGAGAACAGAGAGGCAGAGAGAGCAGAAGCUGAUGGAGAGGACUGGGGAGGACCAGAACCAGCCAGGAACUCAGAUCCAGAUAGUCCUUUACAACCAGCUACUCAUGACAAGACUUCAGACUCCUCUGAAUGUGAGACUGAUGACAGUGCAGACUGGGAGGAGACUAGGGAACCUCAGUCAGGUUUAAACCCUCUGCAAAACAAUGAAGUAGCUGUAAGUGAUCUGGAAUGUAACACUGGAAACACAUCAGUUAGCUCCUCUGAAUGUGCUGGAAGCUUUGGCCACAAGAAACCUCUGCAGAACCACUCUGGAGUCCAAACAGGAGGGAAAUCAUUUUGUUGCUCAGUUUGUGGUAAAAGAUACCUUCGUAAAAAAACCUUAACGACUCACAUGAGACUUCAUUCAGAAGAAAAAUGUCUCACCUGUUCAGUUUGUAAAGCAAGUUUCAGUACGCCUAGCAAUUUGGUUAGACACAUGAGAAUCCACACAGGGGAAAAACCAUUUAGUUGUUCAGUUUGUAGUAAACGAUUUACAGACCCUAGCAAUCUGAAGCAACAUCUGAAAAGACAUUUGAUUGUCCACACAGGGGAGAAACUAUUUAGUUGUUCAGUUUGUAGUAAAAGAUUUGCACAAAAGGGAAAUCUGAAACAACACUUGGCCAUCCACACGGGAGAGAAAUAAUUAUUUGUUAAAGGUGCAAUAUGUAAUACUGACAGCCAGCAUUUAAAAUGGUUACUGCAGUCCAAAUUCAGAAUACUGGAGAGAGCUGGCCCCUCCUUCCCAGACUCAAAGUUUACAGGGCUGCCAGGUUGAGAACGCUGAACCCAGUGUCCCAUAAUGUCAAUCAGAAUAUUUACAUGCACUUAAUAUUCCGGUUUUUGCCCUAAUUCCAAAAAAGACAAUAUUCCAACUAAGCUGUUUACGGGGCUAAUGAAAGUGAAUAUUCCACUAAUAUUCCCGUUUACAUGUAGCGUGCAAAACAUUUGAUUUGUUGGCGAGAGCAGCAGAGAUAAAUCAAACUCUAGAGAUGCUUGUUGAGCCAAUUUCUUUUGUUUUUGCUUUACUGUAAACGCUGUGUUUUUUUGCCACUGAAAGAGAAGUGUGGUUAAGUGUGUUCAUCUUUGUUUCUUCUUCAACAUGGCCCACAACUGAUCUCAUCUCUUUGAUAUUUCGGAGUGAUUCUGCUUCUAUGUGCACCUCCAGGGAAGGAGAAUCUGGCACGUUCACUCAUUUCAGCAAAGAUUUCAGUUUCGUUUCUCUGUUUAAUCUAUAUUUACUAGAAAAAAUAUUGUAACAACUGCUCAAGUAAUCUGUUCAAUUUCUGUUAAAUGCACUAUAACAAACAGUUGUAAAGUUAAGCAAAUGUUUUCACCACAAUAACUGCAGUUCAAGGCUGUACUUCUAUAAUAUUUGCCACUGUUUUGGUAACUGUGUUGCUUAGGAAACACUUUCUUUGUUUUGUAUACAUGUAAUUCAAUGAAAUUUAAACUUUGUAGCUCUUGUAAAAAAGAUUUUUUUUAUUUAUUCCACUUAGUCUUUUCUUAAAUAGUUUUUGCCCAUCAUGUCUGUCAGUUUUAAUAACUUUGUUCUCUCCAAGUUAAUAUCUGAGAUCUGGGAACAAGGUUUUAAAAUAAAAUUAAAAUAGCCCCACAUCAUCACAUGCCCUUCACCAUACCUAGA